AUGUCAGAAGCCUCCGACGUGCUGAUAUUCCUCGGCGUGCUCGCGCUCUACUACGUCAUCUUCUUCUACCAAAACACCGUCUCGCGCCUCAUCUCCAGUCUCCGGCCCGGCGUCGGCGGCUUCGGCUCCGGCUCCGGCGCGGCAGCCGGCGGGGCUCGCAUCACCACCGCGGCGACGACCAAGCCCGUCUUGCCAUCCGAGGUGGACGUCCUCGUCGUCGGGUCCGGCAACGCGGGGCUCUCGGCCGCCCUCGCCGCCGCGCAGGCCGGCGCGCGGCGCGUCCUCGUCCUCGACAAGUGCCCCGAGUCGUGGGCCGGCGGCAACUCGUACUUCACGGCGGGCGCGUACCGCUUCGUGCACGGCGGGCUCGACGACGUGCGCCCGCUGGUCGGCAACCUCGACGGCGUCAUCGAGGAGAAGAUCGACCUGCCGGCGUACACGCACGAGGACUUCGAGGACGACCUGCGGCGCGUGUGCGGCGGGCGCUCCGACCCGCGGCUCGUCAAGGCGCUCGUCGACGAGUCCGCCGCCGCGGUGCGCUGGCUCGCCCGCCUCGGCGUGCGCUUCCACCUCAGCUUCAACCGCCAGGCGUACGUCGUGCACGGCAAGAUCAAGUUCUGGGGCGGGCUGUGCCUGCGCGCCGCGGAGGGCGGCAAGAGCCUCAUCCGCGACCUGCAGGAGGCGGCGCGCCGCCACGCCGUGCACGUGGCCUACUCGACGGCGUUUCUCGGGCUGGAGCGCGACUGGACCACGGGCGAGCUGCACGUCUCUGUCGACGCCGACGGCGUGCGCAGGACCAUCGCCGCCAAGGCCGUUGUCCUCGCGGCGGGCGGCUUCGAGGCCAACCCGCGGCUGCGCAGCCAGUACCUCGGCCCCGGGUGGGACAUGGCGCUCGUGCGCGGCACGCCGUACAACACGGGCGAGGUGCUCGAGACGGCGAUGCGGUGCCUCGACGCCGCGCCCGCGGGCAACUGGUCGGGCUGCCACUCGGUGGCGUGGGACGCGCGCGCCGACCCCCUGGCGGGCGACCGCGACGCCUCCAACGAGCUCACCAAGUCGGGCUACCCGCUGGGCCUGAUGCUCAAUCUCGAGGGCGUGCGCUUCGUCGACGAGGGCGCCGACCUGCGCAACUACACGUACGCGCGCUUCGGGCGCGCCAUCCUCGCCCAGCCAGGCCACGCCGCGUUCCAGGUCUGGGACGCGCAGAUGAGCACCUGGCUGCGCAACGAGGAGUACCGCCCCGAGCGGGUGCACCGCGUCGAGGCCGACACGCUAGAGGAGCUGGGCGACAAGCUGUGCGCCGGCGGGGGUACCGGCGCGGCGACUCUACGCGACAAGAACGCCUUCUUGCGCACCAUCCGCGAGUACAACCAGGCGGCGCACCUUCACCGGGCUGAGAACCCAGCCCUGAAAUGGGACCCCUCCAUCAAGGACGGCCUGUCGACGCAGUCCAAGGCCAUGCAGCUCGAUCUGCCCAAGUCCAACUGGGCUAUGCCGCUCGAGAAGCCCCCCUUCCUCGCCGUGCGGGUGACCUGCGGCAUCACCUUUACCUUUGGCGGGCUCAAGGUCGACCCCGCGACAGCGCAGCUGCUCCGCCAGUCCAACGGACAUCCCAAUCGUGGUAUAUACUGCGUGGGUGAGAUGAUGGGCGGCCUCUUUUAUCAGAAUUACCCGGGCGGGAGCGGGCUCACCGCGGGGACCGUCUUUGGCCGAAGGGCUGGACAGGCCGCGGCCGCAGCUAUCAAGGCCGACUUCAAGUAG